AUGACGUCCGAAUCUACAUACCACCCACGCGUUAUUCUAGGGUUGAUGACAUUCGGCCCUGACGCCAACAAAGGUGCGCGAAUUACAUCUCUCGCUGAAUUCGGCCAAUGCCUCGAUUACCUCACGUCGCAGGGAUACAACGAGGUUGACACAGCGCGCAUGUACCUCGAUGAGAAACAAGAGGAAUUCACAGCGGCGGUUGGAUGGAAGGAGCGUGGCCUCAGCCUCGCGACCAAGGUGUAUCCGACUCGGCCCGGACUGCACAAGCCGGCCUCGCUGCGCAGGAAGUUCCAUGAGUCGUUAUCCGCUCUUCAGACGGACCAGGUGGAUAUCUUCUACCUACAUGCGGCGGACCGGUCGGUCCCGUUUACGGAGACACUCGAGGCUGUGGAUGAGCUCUAUCGGGAGGGGAGGUUCAAGCGCUUGGGGCUGAGUAACUAUACCGCGUUCGAGGUUGCGGAGAUUGUCAUCCUGUGCGCGGAGAGAGGUUGGAUACGGCCAACUGUCUAUCAGGCUAUGUAUAAUGCGAUCACCCGAAACAUCGAACCGGAAUUGAUUCCCUGCUGCCGUCGCUAUGGGCUCGAAAUCGUCAUCUACAACCCACUAGCCGGGGGAAUACUCUCCGGGAAGUAUCAAGCAGGCGCUGCAGUACCGGAGGAAGGCCGCUUCAGUGACAAGAACACGACCGGGGCUUUGUACCGUCAGCGAUACCUCAAUGACUCCGUGCUAAAUGCACUGGAUAUCAUCAGACCUAUGGCUGAGAAGCAUAGCCUGACGUUGCCCGAUGUCGCCUUUCGAUGGCUUUGUCAUCAUUCUCAGUUGCGCCUCGAGGGAGAUGGCAAGGACGGUAUCCUGAUUGGUGUGAGCAGCUUUGGCCAGUUGCAGCAGAACUUGAGAGCGCUGCAGCAGGGCCCUCUUCCGGAUGAGUUGGUUAACGCCUUGGAUGAGGCGUGGAUGUGUGUGAAGCCUGUCUCGGCGAAUUACUGGCAUCUUGAUCUGCGGUAUACUUAUGAUACUGAAGCUGCAUUGUUCAAGAGAUGA